CAGUAGUGAUGAUGAUGCAACGACAAAACGGUACCUGUUGUAUGUGUGUGUGUGUGACAGCAGCUACAUUCUAGACACACGUUCCAUUCUCCACGUUCAUGCGUAGACGGGUAAAAUUGUAUAAACAAAAAAAAAUGUAAUAGUUAAAAACGAUAUCGAAUGUGUGUGUGUAGGUCGGUGUUUUCAGUGCAAAAAAAAACACCAAGACGCUUCAACGCCGUUUCCGUUUUCAAAAAGAUUCAACAGAUAACUCGGUGCAGCGGAGAAGCGACCUUGAACGGUCCUUCCGAUUAGUGUGUGUAUACACACAACACCGGACGCGCUCUCGACGUGCAUUAUCGCUUUUCGGUCGUUGUUCACUGUUCAGUCGCACGCAAACCGACAGCCCACCCUGACGCGUCUUAUGAGUCGAGAUCUUGACAGCGUCGUUAAGAAAUUGAAUCCCUAGCUAUCGAGAUUAAGAAAUCGUCUUCCGAUAUUUGUACACGCGCAUUAUUGUCCUUCAGUAUACCUUCAGGGUCCGGGACCGGGUGACAAGUUAGAAAACAUGCCGCAGCUACCUUCGGACGACGAAGACACCACCAGGGUAGGCACGUCGGUGGACUUCCCCGACGUGUUGGCCGACUUGGACUUGGAAACCAUCACGGAAGACGCGGCCGAGUACGCGCGCGUCCGGCUCGGCGAGACCGAAGAGAGCCGCACCCAACUAUUGGCCGAGCUGGAAGACAUGAUCUACGAAAAAGGAGAAAUCACACCUCACAGAAUGGACGAAUUGUUUCUUUUGCGAUUUUUGCGAGCUCGGCAUUUUAAACUUAUGCCGUCGUACAAACUGUUGGUCAACUACUGUAGAUUUAGAGAAAACAACCCAGAUUAUUACAAAAUCAAUCCGUUGGACUUGUCGUUCAUUGGAGACGCCGAUGUGCUCAGCGUGUUACCGUACACAGAGCAGACAGGAAGACGAAUUUUGAUCUACAGAAUAGGCAAAUGGAACAUCAACGACUUCGACAUAACGGAAAUACUGAAAGCUUCAUAUGCUACACUCGAACUGGGCGUGCUUGAGCCAACAGCCCAGAUACUCGGUGGUGUGGUCAUAUUUGAUUUGGGUGGAUUCACAAUGCAACACGCCUACCAAGUUUCGCCGAAAGUAGUUUCGAAAAUCUUUGAGCUCAUUGUUUCGUCUAUUCCCAUAAAAACGUAUGCUAUUCACAUACUGAACGAAUCUUGGGUAUUCGACACGGUGUUUAACUUGUUCAAACCACUAUUAGGUCGCAGAUACCACGAAAUGCUUUUUUUCCACGGAAAGAACAUGGAGUCACUGCACAAGCACAUCGACCCCAAAUACUUACCAACGGUAUACGGUGGAAUCAGACCAAGUUACCCCUAUCAACAUUGGUUCAUAAACAUGAAGAAAAACAAACGAAUCGUCGAAGAAAUGGAAAGUCUUGGCUACGACGUACAUGUUUGAUAAACGCAAGUGACUACUUGAUCGAUACUAUAUUUCAUUAAUUUUUAGUUCUAUGCAUUUCCUUUUCAUUUUUGGUUUAUGUUAAUCAUUUUAUUCCUUUUUAAAUCAUAAUACUUUAAAUAUAUUAGAUAAGUAUAAAUAUAUAUGAUAGGUAUUAUAUAUUAUUUGUAUAAUA